AUGUCUAAAGAGCAAAAAGGCGCAUGGAAAUGUCCGGCAUGUCGCAGCAUGCAGCCUAAAACUAGCUGCAUCGACACCCCUUUAAGGCCACCUCCUAGAUGCAACGACAACAAAUCUACAGCGCUUGCUCCUGGUCCAGAUUACGCUACCUCUCCCGCAUACGAUAAUGUUACUAUUCGCUCUAAAACCCGCGGUACCAUUGAGCCGCCUUCUUGUACUCUCCAUUGCGAAGAGACUAUGCGCGCGCUAAUAAGGCAAGAAUUGAAAGAUGUACUGAGUGGCUACAUAGACGAGCAUCUAAAAGAGCCUUUGCAAGGAAUAAAAAGUAUUGGAGAGGCCUUACAAAGCAUCAAAGAAUCCAUGGAAUUUAUCAACCACAAAUUUGAAGAACUAAAGACGGAAUGUAUUACCAACUCGAAAAAGAUUCGGGACCUUGUGGUUGAAAAUGAAGGACUUAUAUCUACGGUACGGACUUUGACUGCACGCGUGAACCAAAUUGAUCAACUCAGUAGAUCAGCGAACCUGGAAAUUCAAUGUGUACCAGAAUCAAGAUCCGAAAACGUCUUUAAGAUUGUGGAGCAACUUGGAAGGACCGUAAAAUGUAACAUCUCCGAGAAUGACAUUCAGUAUUGUUCCCGCAUUGCGAAAAAGACAUCGCAAAGUUCGCGCCCUCGUUCCAUACUGUUAAAAUUGAACAGUACACGGCUUCGGGACGCACUACUGGCUGCCGUUAUCAAAUACAAUCGUAGCAAUCCAACAGAGAAACUACAAACAAGAGAUCUAGGUAUUGGAGGAUCAAAAUCAUUGCCAGUAUUUGUCUCGGAACAUCUCUCCCCAGAAAUGAAAUCUCUUCACGCGGCAGCUAGACAAAGAGGUAGGGAACUUCAGUAUAAAUAUGUGUGGACUCGUGCCGGAAGAAUCUACAUGCGGAAAGAGGACACCAGCCCCUACAUCUACGUUAAGGACCAGGAGACCCUCGAUAGGCUUACUUAG